UACCCAUCAGAAUUACUGAACAUUUAAACAAAAUAAAWGUUAUAUUUCAUUUGGGAAUAAGAAGACUUACUGAUCAAUAGGCUACGCAGCAACCAUAGUUAACUAGUUUUCGCCUCAUAAACUGAAUAAUUACAAACAUUUAUUUUUUCUCAGCAGACUUCCAAUGGUAUAACAAGCAAUUUAGAUGCAAAGAUUUCCUCCUAAAAAGAAAUAUCAGGCUUAGUUUUGAGAUGACAUGAUUUUGUGAAAUUAUGCAAAAAUAAAGUAUGCGGUUUCAUUACGCAUGUUUUAUAUUUCAUGUACUAUCAGCUGUUUCGGUUCUUGCGGGCAUUAAUUUUUUGCCUGGAUAAGGAAGAAUUGAAGAUUCUUCUCUCAUAUGUAUUACAAUGCUUUGGCUUGCUUUAUUUUAUCUACAAGUUGUUCAGAUCUUAUGCGUAAAGGGAACAUCUAAUUGUCCAGGAUGUGACAGAAACCCCGUUGGAAUACAGUACAAGUCAGUCAUUCCUGACAGCAGUUUAACAGCAUCAUCUUCGGCUUAUAAUGCACAACKUGGGCCACAAAAUGGCAGACUAUAUGGAAAUGGAUGGUCAGCCCUUUCAAAUGUCAAUUCACGAGAUUACCUGCAGAUUGAUCUUAGAGGGCUACGUGAAGUAUGUGGCGUAGCAACACAAGGCGGUAGGAAUAAUAACGAAUGGGUGACAAAAUACAAACUUCGCUUCUCAGAUUAUGGUGGUUACUGGAAAACAUAUAGAGAAAAUGGAAACGAUAAGAUAUUUCAAGGCAACAGUGACAUGUCAACUGUUGAGAUACGUUGCCUGAAAAAUCUACAGCCCGCAAGAUACAUCCGAUUUGUACCAACAGCUUACAAUAAUCAUAAAACAAUGCGUGUGGAGGUCUUUACUUGGCAUCAGGCUAUCCUUGACAUCAUGUUCUCAGUAUCAGCCUACACUGAGCUAAAGGUCCACGGAACAAGCAAUAGAAUCGAAGUUGUGACAGAAACSCUGUUGGGAUACAGUAUAGGUCAGCCAUUGCUGACGGCAGUUUAACAGCAUCCUCUUAUUAUGAUUUACGUUAUGCACCUCAACAUGGUAGACUACAC